AUGCACAUCGAGAGCAGUGAGAUCGGCUACCUCGGGUACUGGGACAGCGAGAGCUAUGGCCUCACUUGGAAGGUUCGCGGGUUCUUCGAGGGCAAGUCUAACCCAGAAGUGUUCGACGAGGUGAACAUGCACGGCAACGUGUACGACAGCGACAUCCACCACAUAAACUUCGGCCUCUACACUUACGGCCACCAGCAGGGAGAUUGGAGGAGGAACAAGAUGCACGACAACUCCGGAUACGGCUUCGACCCCCACGACGACAGCGACUUCCUCACCAUCCACGACAACGAGGUGUACAACAACGGCUACCACGGUAUCAUCGCCUCCAAGCGCUGCAACGGCGUGUCUAUCCGGGGCAACGAAGUGUACGGCGGUGCCGAGACUUCUGCGGGCAUCUUCCUGCACCGCAGCAGUGACGACGCCAUCGCCAAGGGAAACUACGUGCACGAGAACGGCGACGCAGGGUUGGCGAUGCUCGAGUCGUUCAACGCCGAUGUGUCCGAGAACACGUUCGAGAACAACAAGUACGGCGUGCGGUUCAGCGUGGGCUGUGCCGACAACGUCUUCUCCGACAACACCAUCAGCAACAACGCCGAGUACAACGCCUACUCGUACCUUGGGUCAGAUGAGACGGACGUUGUUUCUUCUGGGCGGUCCAGAACAACGUAUUCUCACAGAACUCCUUCUCCGGCGCUGAGGAGACGAUCAAGAUCAAGGAGGCCGACGGCACCCAGUUCCUCGACAACGUCUUCGAGAUUGGCGAUGCCGAUGGCCUGGUGGUGCGGUUCGACAAUGCCACCGAGAACCUCAUGCAGGGCAACACCGCGCGCGACGACGGGGAGUUCGAGCUCAAGGUGGACAACGACGCGUGCUUUAACGGGGAGUCGGACUCCGGCUACGAGCCUGUCUGCUGAGUGA